AUGUCAGUUCAUCUAUCCAUCCUUCGAAGGUCUGAUCUGGAACGACCCAAGGGUAUCCAUAAGCGAGCCCGUACUAGCUCUACUGAAAUGGUAGACUCAGACGAUGAGCAUGAUGAUACUAUGAUUGUCUUGAGACCGCAAGAAGGACAGCCUAUCAACUGGCACGAACUGAUUGUCAAUCGAGAUCCUCUUUCUCUGAACAAGGAUGACAUGGAAAAGAUUCGGUCUGCCUCAUUUUCGUCGGCCGAGAGCACGACUCUUUCGGAAGACGAAAUGUCCAGCCUGAAUUCUCUCAUUGGGCAAACGGAAGGAUUCGAAUCCGGCUUUGACACCUUUGAUGACUUUCUCAACUAUUCUUCUUCCAACUUGGACGAAGGGGAAGAAGAAUUGAUUGGGGAUAAGAAAAAGCCCAAAACGAAGAAGCCCAAGUCCAAACUGAAGCGAAAGCUGAAAAAGCUGAAAUCCAAGCUGAAGAAGACCUCCUUUCAAGUCAAGAACAAAGUCAAGCAAAGCUGUAGAGACGCAGCGCCCAUCCUCAGGGCUGUCGCGAACGCCACUGUUCUCGUCUUUCGAGGUGCCUUGUUCUUGACAGUCAAUGUUCUCAUUGUCUUGACCCUCAUUCUUUCCUUGGCUAUUGUCUAA